UCAGGAGUGGAGUUUUGUUUCUGGUUACGCUAGCGUUAAAUGUUGGAACCGAACGUCUAAUUCCUCGUUCGUUGCUCCGAGCUCGCUCCGAGCCGACAGAAAGUUAGAAGUUAUGUCUGACAGCCGGGAGGAGGAGAGAGAAGAAGACCAGGAGCCUCAGGAGCCUCAGGAGCUGCAGGGCGCCGUGGGUGGGGAAGAUGUCAUUGAUGAUCCCAUUCUGGAGCAGGGAGCAGUGGUCCUCAGAGGGUAUGUGACUGAACGUAUAAACUCAGAGGAGCCUGAUCGGCAUGUUUCCCCCGAGCUUCUGGGAGGAAGGCCAAAUGAACAACAGGAUCCACAUAUCAAAGAGGUCGUGAAACAGCUGAUCAAGAUCGCAGAUGACAUCAACAGGAACGCUGAGCUCCAACGACUGAUCAACCAGGUCCCGAGCAACUGUGCUAGGGACAUCUUCAUGAAGGUGGCCAGGAGCAUCUUUACUGACGGCAUCAACUGGGGACGAGUGGUGGCUCUCUUCCAUCUGGCCUACAGACUCAUACACAAGGCAUUGACCACUAACCAUCUAGAGAACAUCAGAACCAUCAUCAGCUGGGUUCUCCAGUUCAUCAGAGACCAACUGUACCCUUGGCUCGUGCAGCAGGGAGGCUGGGAGGGUGUGAUCAGUGGUGUUUCUCGAUGGAGGUCCGUAGCCAUUGUGGCAUCAGUAGCAUUGGUUGCAGCUAUUGUUUACUACAGGAAGACACGCUGAGAGCAUCAGACCUCAUAACCAGGGCUACAGUCCCACCUCUUGGAUUAAUGCAACUUUUUAGUAAAAGACUUAACAGUUUCUGGAUUCCUCAAGCUCCAUCUUAUUAAUCAGUGGAGGUCAAGUACUGUACUUAGAGAGGGAAAACCUCUUCUCGUCUCAGGAUUACAAGAACAAAGAAAGUGCAUUUACUACCAGCAGCCCAACUGGGUUCUCCAUCAUCCUUCACCAGCAUCUAUAUGGAAGUAUAAGAGCUGCUGCGACACACCUCCUAGCAAACAUGUUGGAGUUCUGGGCGUCCCAGCUAAUGUAAAGAUCCCAUAGGUUUAUAUCAUGACCAUCAAGGUCCUAAGGAGCGUCUGUAUUUUUGAAAACCCUUUGAAACCUGAAAAAAUUAAAGCAAUUUCUUUCAAAAACAUGGCAAAAACGACAU